UGAGGUUCCUCUGCGCGCAUGAAUAUAUCCUUUCAUCUCAGAGCAAGGAUAAUUUACCGUGACCUGCAAGGAUGAUACACCCUCGUCAAGGAAGUUAGAAAAAAAAAACGAUAGCAGAAACGAGACGUAGCAAAUCGCUUGAUAAGCGUGAAGCCGUGUGCAGUAAAUGGAAUAGCUGUGAGAUAGGUAUUUAUUUUUUUCCAAUGGGAUAUCGGAAUGGUUCGCUUUUGGAGUUUGCUUUGUAUCCAGUUCGGAAAGGACAAUUGGAUAGUGUCGAUAAGGUGAAGUUUGAGAAGAAUAGUGCAUUGUUCUCUGGGUUUCGGCCAAUUAGUUCCAGCUGAGUGAUAAUUUAUUGGCUUCCAUUAGCGAAAAUAAAACAAAGACAGUAGAAGGAAAAUAAGCGCAACGAGUCAGUCUGAUAAGUGGAUGGUUUUGCGCGAAUUUGAUUAUCACAAUAAAUACUAGCGCGAUUCACCGAAGAGUGUAGUUGUGAAUUCCAGCGCUGAGUCCCCAUGUAAUUAGUGGUUGUGUGAGAAGCGCCAAAGUAAACAAAAAGGAGCAGAACAUUCAGAGUUCAGUAUUCUUCGCUAUCGGGUGUGUUGUGAUUGAUUUUGCAAUGACUAAAAAUAUGCAAAACAUUAAUCUGGGAAACGGUUUCAGCAUGCCUGCCAUGGGUUAUGGGACGUAUUUGGCUAAGCGAAGUCAAGGGAUUGAACUUAUGAAACUAGCAAUCGAUGCCGGUUACAGAUGCAUUGAUACGGCUUACGCUUACGAAAAUGAGAGCGAAGUAGGCGAAGCGGUUCGAACCAAAAUAGCAGAAGGUGUUGUUAAGCGGGAGGAUUUAUUCGUCACAACGAAGCUUGGGAAUCCUUUCCACCAUCCGGACCAUGUGGCCGAAGCAUUCAAGCGGUCGUUUGAUAUGCUCCAUGUAGACUACGUCGAUUUGUAUUUGAUGCACUCGCCGAUGGGAUUGCAAUUUCAGGGCUAUGAAUACACUGACAUGAAUCCAACGGAUUCCGAUGGAAAUGCGCUAUUUUCUGACGUUGACUACGUGGAAACGUGGAAAGCCAUGGAAACACUGGUGGAAGCUGGUAAAGUUCGAAGCCUAGGGUUGUCUAAUUUUAACAGCGAGCAGAUUAAGCGGAUUUUGGACAUAGCUGAGGUGAAGCCGGUCACCAAUCAGAUCGAAGUCAAUCCGGGCUGGAACCAGAAGAAAUUGAUCGAAUUCUGCAAGGGCCACGGUAUAACGGUGACGGCUUUUGCUCCGAUGGGCAGACCGCACCGCAAAACCUAUGGCAAUAAAUCGGCGCUCGGGGAUGCAAAGGUGCUGGAAAUAGGGAAAAAAUAUGGCAAAACUGAUGGACAAGUCAUUCUUCGUUAUUUGAUCCAACUGGGAACAAUUCCCGUUCCUUACUCAACCAAGGAGGAACACUUGCGGCAGAAUAUCGAUGUGUUCGAUUUCCAGCUGACAGACGAGGAGAUGGAAUACAUGGAUGGAUUCCAAUCGGAGCGCACACUACCUUUCCCGCCGCUGAAAAAACACCCACACUAUCCGUUUAAUAUCGAGUUUUGAUUAAUUGUUUCAGAUUUACUAACAGGUUUUUAUUUGUACUGAACGUUUGAGAUUAUAUGCUGUCAAGAUUAAAGGUAAUAGGUCCAUGUAGAUUAUUGGUUGACUAAAUACAAAUGUUUGUGUAUCAGUUGAAAAUUCCCAUUCGCUACAGGUUUAUAUUAUUCUUAUUUGAAAUAGUUUGUGUUUUCAGAUUUGCAUUGUCCUGAUGCUACUCGGUGUGGGAAGAUAAACUAGAAUUGAAAUGAUAUAUGCAUUUAUAUUAUGUCUAUUGAGGCUAUAGGAGAAUGAAGAAGGCUAGAACCUGUGCUAUUUCUCGCAAAUAAGAGGCAAAUGCAAAGAAUGCAAAUUGUUCAAAACAAAGCCAUGCGCUUGAUAUUGAGAUGUGAUCGACUAAGGGUGGGUUUAGACUAGUGAUAUAUUCAUUUGAAGAAAUAUGAUGAGAUUUAUAGAAAUCGUAUCAACCGUUUACACUAGCGAGAACUUCUAUAAUGAAUAUGUUCAUAUUUUCGAUGAAUUUAUUCACCUGAAGUAGAACUGCAUCCAACUUCAGUGAUUUCUCACCUGUGAGAAAUUCACAAGCGUUUACAUAUGCUGAAUUUAUUCAAGUUAUAUAUACCUCGAAUAAGUGUAUCAUAUUUAUUCUCACCCGUUUACACCUAUUUUCACGUGAAUAAAUCCAUCUAUAGCUAUAGAUCUCCCUAAUGUAAACCCGC